ACCAUCUUGUCCCUCUUCAUUCUCGCCUCAUUCUCUCGGGCAGGAUUAGGUACCUCAUCCACCUCAGCCAGCUUCACUUGUCAGCCUCCCUAAAUCUCUCUGCACCCCUCACCGCUGUUCUCUCCCAGCUGGCUCCCCCUCUAGAAGGAUGUCUGUCUGCUACCGUCCGCCUGGGAAUGAGACGCUGCUGAGUUGGAAGGGCUCGCGGGCCACCGGCACUGCCUUUCUCCUGCUGGCGGCGUUGCUGGGACUGCCAGGCAAUGGCUUCGUAGUGUGGAGCUUGGCGGGCUGGCGGCCCACCGCCGGGCGGCCACUAGCAGCCACACUUGUGCUGCAUCUGGCGCUAGCCGACGGCGCGGUGCUGCUGCUCACGCCGCUCUUUGUGGCCUUCCUGAGCCGACAGGCUUGGCCCCUGGGCCAGGUGGGCUGCAAGGCAGUGUACUACGUGUGCGCGCUCAGCAUGUACGCCAGCGUGCUGCUCACCGGCCUGCUCAGCCUGCAGCGCUGUCUAGCGGUCACUCGGCCUUUCCUGGCUCCCCGACUUCGCAGCCCGGCCCUGGCCCGCCGCCUGCUGCUGGGGGUCUGGCUGGCCGCCCUGGUGCUCGCCGUCCCGGCCGCGGUCUACCGCCACCUCUGGGGUGAUCGCGUGUGUCAAUUGUGCCACCCAUCGGCCGUGCACGCUGCAGCUCAUCUGAGCCUGGAGACCCUGACUGCCUUCGUCCUGCCUUUUGGGACCGUGCUCGGCUGCUACGGCGUGACGCUGGCGCGGUUGCGGGGAGCGCGCUGGGGCUCGGGGCGACAAGGCACGCGGGUGGGUCGUCUGGUGAGCGCCAUCGUACUGGCCUUUGGCUUGCUCUGGGCCCCCUACCACGCGGUCAAUCUCCUACAGGCGGUGGCCGCGCUCGCUCCGCCGGAAGGACCCCUAGCCAGGCUCGGUGGGGCGGGCCAGGCAGCGCGCGCUGGAACUACAGCCUUGGCUUUCUUUAGUUCCAGCGUCAACCCGGUGCUCUACGUCUUUACUGCGGGUGAUUUGCUGCCGCGGGCGGGGCCUCGGUUCCUCACUCGACUCUUCGAAGGCUCUGGGGAGGCCCGAGUAGGCAGCCGCUCUAGGGAGGGUACCAUGGAGCUCCGAACUACCCCCAGGCUGAAAGUAGUGGGUCAGGGCAGGGGCUAUGGAGACCCUGGAGGUGGGGGCAGGAUGGAGAAAGACAGUCAGGAAUGGUAGAGAAGACCCCAAACCCCACUUCGGGGCUCCCCUGUCAUUUUUUUAUUGUUCCCAGGGCUCUGGUGUACUUGGGGACCUUUGUCGGAUUGCAGUUUGGCUGAAUAAGGAUUUCUCCAUCUAGACCUGAUUCCUCCAAACCGUAGGGUUGUGAGGAUGACUGUGUCCUAUGUUCAAAAUUUGUGCUUGCAGUACAGCCUGGAUCCGGGUACCAACAC